AUGGCGGACAUGGUCCCGGUGCGUGCUCGGGGCAGACGGGUCCCGGUGGUGGCGCAGGGGCCACUGGAGCAUCGACGGCGCGACGACGACCACCACGACCGCCAACUCGCAUCCGAAGUCCGCGACCCCUUCCCCUUCCCCGGCGUUCACUGGCUUGGCGUUCACCGAAAAGGUAGCGGAAGGUGUCCAGGAGUUCGCGCGGAUGUAGUGGUGGUCGAACGGAAUCCCCAUGUCGAUGGCGCGGUGGAGAAUCAAGAAGACGAGAUCGACGACGAGAAUCGCCGGAGGUACGUAGCGCAGUGGAGGCAUGGUACCGUUGGAUCUUCUCUGUUCUGGAUCUCGCCGGCCUUCUUCUGGACUCCCUCUCGAGAGCACAGAUUGCGAGCGUCAAGUGCUGAUAACUUGUGA